AUGCCCACGAGUAUACCUGGACUGAGAUCGGCUUUUAAGGGCGGGAGGGCCUUAACAUUUGAUUCACCUAAUGAAAUCCCUCAUUUUGAUCAUGGUGCUGUUUAUAUUGUUGAUGGAAUUUAUGAUAAUGAUGAAAAUAAAGAACCGUUAACAUAUCAAAAAGCUGCUAGACAGAAAAUUCUUCAUCAAAAAUUACCAUUAGAAAAAUAUCUUGCAUUUCAUUCAACAUCAACUCGUGCAUUAGCUUUUCAUGAAGUUUAUAAUAUAUUAUUAACAUUAAAACAUAUAAAUAAUAAUUUGGUUUUUUGUCUUUAA